AUGCCUGGAUUCCAUCAACCCUAUAAACCUGAAGUAAAAUAUGUAGGAAAUAUUCAUGGUAAUGAAGUUCUUGGGCGAGAGUUACUUCUAGGAUUAGCAGAUUAUUUGUGCGAGCAAUAUUUAAAUAAUGAUCCCAAUAUCAGAGCACUUAUUCACAAAACUAGAAUACAUCUUUUACCAUCAAUGAAUCCAGAUGGCUGGCAAUUAUCUACAAGUUUUGGAGGUCAAGACUAUCUCAUUGGACGCAGCAACAAUCAUUCAGUGGACUUAAACAGGAAUUUCCCUGACUUGGAUGCUAUAACAUUUGAGUAUGAACGUUUAGGUAUCAAUCAUAAUAACCAUUUGCUGAAAGAUGUUACUCGCCUUGCUGCACCGUUGGAGCCAGAAACACGCGCGGUCAUGCGCUGGAUAAUGUCAAUACCGUUCGUGCUGAGCGCGGCAAUGCACGGCGGGGAUCUAGUCGCCAACUAUCCGUAUGACGAAAGCAAAAGCGGUGCUCUAGCGUCCGAAUAUUCGGCUAGCCCUGAUGAUGACACUUUCAGGGAGCUGGCUAUGACAUACGCGACAGCGCACGCCGACAUGGCGUCCGCAAGCCGACCGGGCUGUCACAUCAACAGCCAUGACGACACCGCGUCCUAUAACUUCGGCAAGCAGGGUGGAGUCACCAACGGGGCUGCUUGGUAUAGCCUCAAGGGAGGAAUGCAAGAUUUCAACUAUUUAGCUACAAACGCCUUUGAAAUAACCCUCGAACUAGGCUGCAAGAAGUAUCCCCUAGAAAACGAACUGGAGAAUGAAUGGCACAGGAAUCGCGAGGCUCUGCUGGCUUAUCUAUGGAAAGCACACAUCGGCAUCAAGGGAAUAGUUAGCGAUGAUACCGGCUUCUUAGAAAACGCCAUAAUAUCCGUAGUUAAUAUCACCGGACCCAAUCCGAAGCCCAUUCGACAUGAUGUUACUACAGGAACAUACGGGGAUUACUACCGGCUGCUAACGCCCGGGCGGUACGAGGUGACGGCGAGCCACGUGGGCCACUACCCGGCGCAGCGCAUCGUCACCGUGCCGCAGCGACAGUCCUCCGCUCGGAUACUCAACUUUAGACUUGAGCCAAUACGGUACGGUGAUGGAGCUCUCUUUUUUGACCCGCCUUUCGUCCGCUACCCACACUUCAUCGGCGACCAGCCUCGUAUCUACAAGCGGUCCCUCUACGAAAAAGUCACCAACUCCAUACUAGAAUCGAAGGAAACCUCUAAAGAAUAA